UCUUUCUUCCUCCUUGCAGUUGGGGCAUGGCCGUCAAUGUGUAUUCGACAUCUGUGACUAGCGAGAACCUGAGUCGCCAUGACAUGCUAGCAUGGGUCAACGAUUCCUUGCAGCUCACUUACACCAAGAUUGAGCAGCUGUGCUCAGGAGCUGCCUAUUGUCAAUUUAUGGACAUGCUGUUCCCGGGCUGCAUCCACCUGAGGAAAGUGAAGUUCCAGGCCAAGCUGGAGCAUGAAUACAUCCACAACUUCAAGGUGCUGCAGGCCGCAUUCAAGAAGAUGGGCGUGGACAAGGUGGGUCUCUGCUGGAUGGGAGGGCAAGGAAAGGAUGGCGCCUGCAUUGCUCAGGAAGGCCUGUCUUUCCUCUGUCAGCAGCUGGAGCAGCCUUGCCAGUUGCCCUUCUCCUCUUGG